GAUUGAAUAAUGCAACAAAUAUAAAAUAUCUUAGAGCUGCAGUAAUUCAAAAACAUCCUGAGGCUUUUACCAACCUCAUAGACAAAAAAAUUCUGAAGGCUGAAAAGAUGACCAAGUCUGUACAAAAUCGGAUGAAAAGAAAAGGGGGGUUAAUUGUAAAAGAAAUAAUUAAUUCAGAUGGUGGUACUUCAUCACACAAACUUACAGAUGUAAAGUCUGGAGUAAUGGUUGAUGUUGAUGGUCUAGAAAUAGAUAAAGAUACUGCACAAGGCUUAUUGGUUGGUUAUGUUGAAUAUAGACAGAAAUAUUACCAGACAAAUAAAAAAUUAAAACAGGCUAAAGAAACUGUGAUUAGAGCUCACAAAACCACCAACAAAAAUGAUGAUGAUCUGAUAGAACAAGAAUAUAUUGAUGCUGCU